AUGGACCCCGAUACCGACAUUCCACACGUUGAUCCAAUGAUUUGGGCGGAUGGAAUGGAGGAUGUCUUCAUAGACAUGAUGUUAGCGGACGCCCUUAAUGGUGCAUUGAGGGCUGGGAAGAUCACUUCUAGGCACCAUGCUUCCUAUGCUGUACGUCUUACGGCAGUGGGCGUAAGGACGUACGAAGCGAGCCAAAUCAAGGGGAAAAUACAUCGGCUUAAGAUGAUGCAACGACUUUUCACAGACCUCAUGCACCAAACUGGUAUGGGAUGGGACCCCGAUACGAAAACGGUUAUAGGGAGCGAUGAACACUGGGCAAAUGCCAUUAGGGCCAAGCCACAAGUAAAGAAGUUUCGUACCUCGGGUUGCCCACGAUAUGCAGACCUCUGUACCAUUUUUGGCGCUGCUGUUGCCACCGGUACGCUCCACCACGCGUCCACCCAACGACCACCAUCUUCCGACGAGGAGGAGCGUCUUGAUGCUGAGAUGCGCCGUCGGGGCCCAGCGCAUGGCACCCAAGGGAACUCUGAUUUUGUCUUUAAUGGCCCGUCCCAGUUUUCCAUGGACAUGGAGACACCAUCGACUCACUCGUCCCGACGACGUCAGAAGGGAAGGCAACGCAACCAGCACGACGAAGAGAUAUCGAACAUGGUUGCAGUGAUCACGCGUUCCUACGAGGCAUGCCGAAAGUUUUACGAGGGCAGAGGAGAAGCGUCAGGGGAAAAGCGGAGUAAGACCUCCGCACAUUGCAUGGAAAGUGAUGACGGUUUCGAUUCUUUUUCCCACUGUGUGUCCAUAUUACAAGCACUUCAACCCCCACUGCCUCCCGAUGUUUUCUCUUGUGCGUUUGAUCGCUUAAUGAAUCCCAUGGCACAACGAGGAUUUUUGGUAUUGGAUGAUGCGCAUAGGCACUCGUGGGCAUCGCAUAGUUGA